UGAGGACCAUAGCUUUGUAGUGUAGCAAGUGUAAUCAGUUCGCCACUUGUUUUUGCUGUCAACGAGUGACUUAAAAGCCACGCGUGCGGCAGUCUGCCCAAUAUGCUCGGCGGAUCAUCCAGCCAAGUAACUGAGGAUCACCCGCGCCGAUCAUAGGCUAGGCUUUCCACCGCCACAGCCGCCUCUGAAUUUGACUGAGUUUUGGCAAACGUUCAAAGCCGGUGAAGAGGGACCACUGAAAAUGCCAUCAAUCCAUCGGUAUCCAGUUGUCUUGAGAGUUUCCCGGCCACGCGUCAGCCCAGCCUUGGGUUGCGUGGCACUAGCACUGGCUGCCGCACUGUUGCAAAUAAGCAAUGCACGUGCUGCUGUGGGACUCCGAGACACGGUCCGGGACUCACCGGGCGGGCCGGGGUAUAGCGUGGGGGAAAUCGCGGUUCAUGGUCGGCGCCUUCGGGAGGGGAGCGCCGGUGAACUGCUCGGUGAUGACGAAGACAACGUGUGGUUGGCGUCUGGGAAUUCAUGCUACGAUGAAGACGUCUACCAGAAAGACAUAAUAAUGGACAGCUGGUCACACAGUGUGCAGGAUGCGUUCAUAGAUAGUGAGAGAACAUCCAGCACAAUGCAUCCCGACCCAGAGGACCAACAUGAAAACCGAGAGAGACGACACUACAGAACCAAGAAGGCGUGGAGGGUGGAGACCGAACGGCGCGUGCGCCGUGACCUGGAGGCGAGGUCGCGCAUGCGCCGUGGAGCCACAGCUCAGGAGGAGAGGUUGUGGCCUGAUGGUGUGGUACCCUAUGAAAUCGAUUCAGACUGCGAUGAGGAUACCAAGAAUCUGGUUUUGCGGAGCAUGCGCCAUUGGGAGGAGCACACUUGCAUCCGAUUCGUGCCGCGAAAUAACGAGACUGCCUACGUGCACAUCAUCUUCGCUGGCGGAUGCUGCUCUCUGGUUGGUCGAACGGGCGCGAGGCAGGUGGUCUCGCUGGGUCCCGGAUGUGAUAAGUUCAGCACCAUCAUUCACGAGUUGGGCCACGUGAUCGGUUUCUGGCACGAGCAGAGCCGGCCGGACCGGGAUGAGUACGUCACUAUCUACGAAGCUAACAUCUCGCCCGGGGAUCACUACAACUUCAGGCGGUUCGACCAUAGCGUGAUCAACUCCUUAGACCAGCCGUACGACUACGACUCUGCCAUGCAUUACGGACCGCGGACCUUCAGUCGUAACCGGGAGCGAACGAUCAUCCCGAAGAAGGAGUGGGCGAUAGGGCAGCGGGGAGGGCUGAGCGUGGGGGACAUACUGCAGGCUAACCUUCUGUACCGAUGCACGAGGGUUGGAGCAUGUGGUGGUACCAUCUUCAAGGCCAGCGGGCAGCUGACGUCACCGCAUUACCCAGAACCCUUUGCGCCCAACACGACUUGUGAUUGGGCGAUUUCCGUGGGCGGAGACCUCGCUCUGAAGCUGAUCUUCGUGGACAUUGACCUACCGAUUGACGAGAACGGAGAAUGUUCCUCGGCCCACGUGGAGCUGCGGGCUGGCCAGGGUGAGCUGGGCCGUCUGAUCGGCCGUUUCUGCGGUAACACCUUACCGGCGCCCGUCACGCUGGCCUCGGGGAGGGCUUGGCUGCGUUUCCGGGCAGGCACCAGCGCCGAGUUCCAGUCGAGGGCCGGCUUCGCCGCCAAGUUUGAAUCGGUGUCUAUAGAAAAUCGUCUUACGGCGAGCAGCGGCAUCUUGAAGAGCGAGAACUACCCCGGCUCCUUCCCACCGAAUACCGAGAGCGUCUGGCAGAUCACCGUCGAUGAAGGAUUUAUCGUCACCCUCCGGAUACUAGAAUUACUCAUACCGGUGUCUUCAGCGACUGGUUGCUACGGCGACUUUCUCAAGAUAACUGACGGGGAGACCAGCCAAUCGCCGCUCAUCACCAAGAUAUGCCAGACGCAGAUCAACGUGGGCGUGGCUUCCAGCGGUCGGAGUCUGCGCAUUGAAAUGCACUCGGGUCACCCGGAUAGGCGGGGCAACGAGAGCCGGCCAACCAGAUUCCACGCGCAGUAUUUGCAACGAGAUGUGAACGAGUGUCGCAAGAACAACGGUAACUGCGAGCAAGCAUGCCUGAACAUGAUUGGUACCUACGUGUGUGGGUGUCAAUACGGGUACACGUUGGCCGAUAACUACCGUAAUUGUACAGACAUUGAUGAAUGCCUGGACAACAAUGGCGGCUGCUCUGACCUAUGUGUGAACACUGAGGGCGCCUUCCACUGCGCAUGCCCAGAAGGCCUCUACCUAUCUCCAAACAACAAAACUCACUGCCUUGAUGAGAACGAAUGUGAUGACCCUGCACGCAAUAGCUGUCAGCAGCACUGUUACAACACAAUUGGCGGGUACGCAUGCGCAUGCAGCCCUGGUUUCAUUUUGGCGCCAAACGGGAACGAUUGUAUUGCUAUCAAGAAUUGUGGUGGGAGCUACGGAGGCACAGAAGGGUCAUUCUUUUCUCCCGAACUGCCACCAGUGGGAUUCAACAACACGUUAGAUUGUGUCUGGCGAAUUCAGGUGGAUCCAGCGCUCACGGUCUCUUUCAGGGUGGAAUUAUUGAAUUGGACAUCUGACAGUCCCUGCCCAGACUACAUCACUUUCCUGGAGGGCCAAGCACCGUCUGGUCCCCAAGUCCAGAUCUGUAACCAAGGCGACGCACAAGAUGUCUACCACACUAGCUCCGACUUGAUAUGGAUACACUACCGCUCGCUGUGGCCGUAUGAGGGCGCCUUCCACGUGGAUUACUUCACGCGGGGGCGGGAGAAUAGAAGUGUGGAGUGCGGAGGCGUGUUGCAGGCUGGAACUGGUAUGCUACAGUCUCCUGGGUACCCGAACGCCUACCCCAACGAAGUGCACUGUGUCUGGAAGAUCACCGGAAGCACCAUCAGGCUUCACUUCGUGACCUUUGACCUAGAGAAGGAAGCCAGAUGCUCCUUCGAUUUCCUGGAUAUCCAAGAUGGCGACCAAGAGCAGCCGCAAUCAAGACAUAUAGGAAGAUUUUGUGGCAGCAAGAUGCCACCGAAGGAAUUGACGUCAUCCACGGGGGAAGUCUUCAUCAAAUUCCAGUCGGAUGCCACCGUGCGGGCCGCGGGCUUCCAGGUCGUGUUUGAGGUGCGACAGCCCCGUGUGCUGCCUGCUUCAGACACGGUGGAAAACAACACCGGCGUUUGACGUGGAACUUCCAUUUUCUUGACAGUUUAAGUAACGUUUUACUUUGUACUAGUAGGUAUUGUGAAUUAUGAAAAGAAAAGGUGCUGUAUAAGUUUUCCUUCUGCGUAGAAUUCGGGGUGGGGUCCAAGAAUAGAUAGAAAUGUUUAGCUGAACUGUUUAAUUUCAAAUGGGUAUGGUUGCCUGAUUGCAUUCGUUAUGCUGCUAAUUUCAGUUCAUUAUUAUCUUUUUUAAAGUAACGGUCUUUUGACCUGAUAUAAGGAAAUGUGCUUAUUGUCAAAUGGUGCUAAUUUAAUUCUAAUGUUAACAAUGUACUGUUUUAGUCGUAUUUAAAGCGUUGUAGUCAAUGAUUAAAUUUCUUUUAA